AUGCGUCGAUCAGAGCCCCGCUCGCACCGUCAACCUCCAUCCGCGCCUGCGCAUUCGCGCAAGCAAAAAGGCAAACUGAGAACCAAGAGCGUAGCGCCCACGGAAUCUGGGAACCGCCACAACAUCAGCAGCACGCCCGAGUUCGAGAUUAUCGAGGAGGCCAAACGCAUCGGAGAAGAGAAUCCCUUCGUGAAGGGUCAUAUCGCGGAGGUUUAUAGCCAUGCCGAGUUGCAGGACUAUGGCACAGGUGAUUUGUGGAAGCGACUUGGAGCGAAGCGAGCACAACAACGACGAAAAGUCCAAAGCGAACGGGAUCAGCCCGAAACCCCGAAGAAGAGAACUACUGCUCGUGUCCUGCGUGUCCUCUUGAUGCGUCGGCUAGACCCCAUCACCGUAUUGUCCGGUCCCCGGCUCCGGCGUGCGGUAUGGGACAUCACCUACUGUCACUUCUUCCUAUGGAUCCGCGGGAUUCACCACCGUGAUAUCAGCAUCGGGAAUAUGAUGUACUAUGAGACCGACAAGGAUAUCGUCAAGGGUGUUCUCAACGACUACGACCUGUGUAGUGUAUAUGGCUGCCCAAGCAGAAAUGGCGAGCGUACGGGAACGACACCCUUCAUGGCCCUCGACCUCCUCACUGAGGAUGCUUGGCGGGGCUAUGUUGAACAUCUCUAUCGCCACGAUGCGGAAUCCGUUCUCUGGGUCAUCGCUUACCUCAUUGGCAGCUAUACUGCCGACGGUAUCCUCAUGCGGCACUCGCCCUUUUUCUGCAACUGGCGUGGAGACGACUAUCAAGCAUGCAGGAAAGACAAGCACGAGUGGAUUUUUAGCCUGCAGCGAUGGCACGCAUGCGCUCUGCCCAAGGGUCGCGAGCCAGAUCGUGCAUGGCUCAUCCAAGUGGCCAGGUUCUACCGACAGAAAAUGAACCAGCGAAUCGAUGCACUUUACGAAAAUGGCAUUCCCAUCCCUGACAACGAUCGCGACGAGUUCAUGCUUUUCUUCCGUAUUCUACCUGAAGAGGAUCGGGCCGGCUUGCUGAAGGAACUGCAGCUGACGGAUACGGAAAGAGCUAGGAUUGCAUCGACCUUCGACCUGCCCAUCUGA